UGAAAAUGGAGUUUGGUUUCUUCAAUUAUACCAAAAAGUUCAUCCAGUCAUGAUGCAGGACUUUGAUUUUGGAAAAAAAGUUCAAAAAGUUAUAACCCCAGUGAACACAUAGUAUUUUUGUAUUUCUAUCAGUGUGGAAAUCUGAGUAAGUUUUUUAAACUCGUCUGAGGGUUGAAUGAGAAAUGAGCUCUGUCGUAAAAAUGUUCAACACUCAGCGUCUCUCUGCUCUUCCUGGAAUGAAGCUCAGCCUGAUAACCCUCCUCUUCCUGAUCUACAAGCACAACAGCUCAUAUUUCCACACCUUUCCUGGUUCCUCCCCUUCAGAUCUGCACUCUGGAAGAAGCUGACAGGAAUCGUUUACUGCAGAAACAGAUGACUUGUAGAUCAGAGCUCAGACUAGUUUCAGGUACGAGGAAGUAAAAAAAACACAAACAGUCUGUGUGACCGAGAGGAGAAAUGGCGCAGCAAAGAAAUCAACUGGAUGCAGAGAAAUUCUCUUGUUCCAUCUGUCUGGAUCUACUGAAGGAUCCGGUCACUACUUCCUGUGGACACAGCUACUGCAUGGACUGUAUUAAAACACACUGGGAUGGAGAGGAUGGUCAGAGAAUCUACAGCUGUCCUCAGUGCAGGAAGACUUUCACACCGAGGCCUGUCCUGGAGAAACACGUCCUGUUAGCAGAGUUAGUGGAGGAUCUGAAGAAGACUGAACUCCAAGCUGCUGCUGAUGAUCACUGCUAUGCUGGACCUGAAGAUGUGGCCUGUGAUGUCUGCACUGGGAGGAAGAUGAAAGCUGUCAAGUCCUGUCUCGGCUGCCUGAUUUCCUACUGUGACAAUCACCUCCAACCUCACUAUGAUGUGGCUCAACUCAAGAAACACCAGCUGGUGGAGCCCUCCAAGAACCUCCAGGAGAACAUCUGCUCUCAUCAUGAUAAGAUGAUGGAGAUUUUCUGUCUCACUGAUCAGCAGUUGAUCUGUUAUCUCUGCACAGUGGAUGAACAUAAAGGCCACAAAACAGUCCCAGCAGCAGCAGAAAGGAAGAAGAAGCAGAAGGAGCUGGAGGUGAGUCGACUGAACAUCCAGCAGAGAAUCCAGGACAGACAGAAAGAUGUGGAGCUGCUUCAACAGGAGCUGGAGGACAUCAAUGUCUCUGCUGAUAAAACUGUGGAGGAAAGUGAGAAGAUGUUCACCCAGAUGAUCCAUCUCAUCCAGAAUAGAGGCCAACAUGUGGAGCAGCAGAUCAGAUCCCAGCAGGAGACUGAAGAGAGUCGAGUGAAAGAGCUUCAGGAGAAGCUGGAGCAGGAGAUCAGAGAUCUGAAGAGGAAAGACGCUGAGCUGAAGCAGUUCUCAGAUACACCAGAUCACAACCAGUUUCUCCUCAACUACCCCUCAGUGUCAGCACUCAGUGAGUCCACACACUCAUCCAUCAUCAACAUCCGUCCUCUGAGACACUUUGAGAACGUGACAGCAGCUGUGAAAGAGCUCAGAGAUCAACUACAGGACAUUCUGAGGGACACAUGGACAAACAUCUCACUGGCAAUCACUGAAGUGGAUGUUUUACUGUCAGAACCACAACCAAAGACCAGAGAAGAGUUCUUAAAAUAUUCAAGAGAAAUCACUCUGGAUCCAAACACAGCAAACGCAUGGCUGUCAUUAUCUGAAGGGAACAGAAAAGUAAUUAAUGAGAAAAAACAACAUUAUCCCGAUUAUCCAGACAGAUUCACUGAUUAUUGGCAGGUCCUGAGUAAAGAGAGUCUGACUGGACGUUGUUACUGGGAGGUGGAGUGGAGAGGAAGAGAAGGAGUUUCUGUAGCGGUCGCAUACAAGAACAUCUGCAGAACAGGAAACCCAGAUGGGUGUAUGUUUGGAAGAAAUGGCAAAUCUUGGGCUUUACGUUGUGACAGCAUCGGUGAUACGUUUUGGUACAACAACAUACAAACUCCCAUCUCUGGUCUUCGGUCCUCCAGAAUCGGAGUUUAUCUGGAUCACAGAGCAGGUAUUCUGUCUUUCUACAGCGUCUCUAAAACCAUAACUCUCCUCCACAGAGUCCAGACCACAUUCACUGAGCCCAUACAUGCUGGAGUUUGGGUUUUAGAUUUUGGAACCACUGCAGAGUUCCUCAAACUCAAACAGAGUACUUCCAGUGUCUGAGGGUCAGUUCAUGUUCAGCCCUGAUUUAAGUUCAUGAUCUACAGUUUACUUCUGUAGUUGCAGCAUUAAUUAGUCACAUGACAACAGAACUGGUUGAUUCUUAAAUGUUUCAGUCAUUUUUAAAUCUGCUUUCAGCUUCUGAAACAUUUCUGGAUUUCAUUUUUCGUAUCUGAGAAGAAACUGAAUGUUUUGUGGGUUUUGGAUUCAAACUGUUGAAUUGUUGAGAUGUGGAGGAUUCAGAUAUUUCCUUGUUUUAGUAUUUUCUGACAUUUUAUACUCAAAAUGAUUGACAGAGAAAAUAAUCAGCCUGAAAUAAUCAUUAACUGAAGUCCUGUAAUCCGUAUUUUCAUCACUUUUGUGUCUUUUUGCAGUUACUUUGUGUACUUUUACAGGUGAAAUAUUUAAACAUCAACAACAAACAGAAAAUGUACAUCUGUAUCAGCUUGACACAUGAAAUCCCUAAAUUCACAUUUUAUUCUUUGCAUUUUAUUGUAAAUAUUUCUGUUUUCACAUUUUAUUUCCUCAGAAACUAUUUUGCAACUUAAGAGUUGAAUGAAAACCUACCAGUAAAUAACUUUUAAUGUCCUUCAGAAUCUGGUCUUUGCUUUCCUUUGACUUGAAUUCAUGUUUCUUCAAUCUCAUGUUAGUGAUGCAUUUAUGGAACCAGCUGAGGUGAUGGAAAAAUCAGCUUUUUAUUCAAAUGUGCAUUUCAUUUUUCUUUUACGGGGAUAUGUGUACAAAAUGUGUUGGAUUUGUGUUUUAUUGUGGAUUUUCUGGUGGAAAAUAAUAUUUUAUUGCAGUCAGUAGUCAUUUAAUAAUCUGACUUGGUGAUUUUUAAACAUUUGUUGGUGUGUUUGUUUUGCUUCUAAACUGUUGACAAAUUUAAUCUGCAAAUAAACGACAAUAUUUCAUUUUC